CGGCCGAUACUUUGAAAGGACUGGUGUACCUGAUGCGACAUUUGAUACAAGAAGACUGAGCACUGGCAGACAUUGGUGGUCAUGGAAAGAGAAAUGUCACCAAAAUAAUUGCAUCUUCCGCUAUGUCUGGUCCUCCGCCUUCUGCUUCACAGCAGAAAAAAAUCUCAGAUGAAGCUCAGACAUUUUGGAAACAGUGGGUUGAGGCCGCGUUCCCUGAUCUCGACUCUCGCGCCUUCUUCCUGCCUCCUGUCUACAUCAACCGCGUGCCGAUGAGUAGACAGCAGGUGGCUGGUCAAGAUGUUUUCGUCCUUCAGCCAGCAACUGGACAAUCUUGUCAGUCCAACCAACCGACAGUGACUUCCUCUGCUGCUCCUCAAGCAACGAAGACUUCGCCUACAUGCGUCCAGGAUAGCGAUGUCAGAGAUGAUGCUGCCAUGCAGAGGUUGUUCUUCUGUCUACAGACAAUGUUUGAGGAGAACAAAGAGGUUUUGUUUGGAUUGUGUCAGCUACAGUUUGGAAAUUACCUGGGGGAACCUUGUUACGCUGCUGCGGCUGCCCAGUUACCCCGGUCUUGCAAUGUUCCUCCAACUCUGCCACGGAACUGGAAACAGGGAGACUUUGACCUCCUCCUUAUUCACCGGCAGUACGGGCUGAUAGUUUGUGAAGUCAAGGCCUUUGGUGACAACAUACACGAACUAAAGAUGUCCCAGCACGAUGUAGACAAAAACAUUAGGAAGAAACUAAAAGAGGCAAUCUCACAGCUGGACAAGGCGGAGGCCAUGUUGUCUCACCUGGUGUCCGACGUCACGUCCGGUCUACGCAUCACUAAGACGAUUGUACUCCCUAACCUCACGAGUCAUCAAGUGCAGCAAGCUAUGUCUUGCGACACACAAUUGACCCAGGACCUGUGUCGGUGUCUGGGAACAACAGACCCCGCAGACAUCCCUGGUCUGUAUCUGUGCUGUGAUCAGUUGUCUGACCCCAAGACACCGUGUGACGUCAGUAGUCACGUGCUGAAGGAACUCGGACACUGGUGGCAGCGACGUGUGGCUGGGGCUGGGCCUGACAGUCACAUGACACCUGAAUUGUACAGGACACUGACAGCCAGAUUCUGUGGUCCGGCGACGACAGUAACUGUACCAUGUACAUCUCCCCCACGGUUGUCUGUCAAAACCCUGUGUCAGGCCGUGUGUUGUACAGGAGAGUGCUAUACUUCUCUGAUAACACUCUUCCCGGAGCAAGUUCACCUGCUGAACAUGGCCCCUUCCAGAGUUUUUGUGGCCGGACCGCCAGGUACAGGUAAAAGCGUGGUGCUGCUGCUGAUAGGUAUACAAUGGCUGUUGUGUGGCCACGACAUCUACAUCGUGAGUACCUGGAAUGGAAGUUAUGCAGCGUGCUACAUGCUGUACCAGCUAAUGCUACAGACUGUAAACACACGACAGACAAGUGUACCAAUCGGUCGACCUCACUUCUUACAGUAUGAUCUUUAUGGCGAUGAUGAUACUGAAGUGGACAAGGCCCUGAACGACUUAUGUAAGGCUGCGUCUGAAGGGUCAUUGUACAUCAUCACUGAUGAAGCCGGGUCUGCUUAUAGUGAUAACUUCAAGACUUUAUGCAAGAAGUUGAAGGAACAAGUUCCUCGCCUCCAUCUUUGGUGUGCAAGUUUUUACAAUGGACACUCGCCCGACGGCUGGCAGCUGGAAAUUUUCACCAGACCCCUCCGCUCUCCGCCGACAGUCGUCAGGGAAGUCGAGAAGGACGUGGACAUCAGUGAGAAAGGUCGUAUCCACAAGUACAGUGAGCGUGGUGUGCCCCACCACACAGACGGCCCGCCAGUCAAGCAAGUGAUUCAUCGGUUUCUGGAUCACUAUUGCUCUAUGUUAUGUCAAAACUGUGUCAUGUGUGGUCGCGAGGUGUCCAGCUUCCUACACAGUCUCCGCGGUGUUCCAGAGAACGUGUUGACAUCCACGUCUACCACCACCGUCAGUGGCGGCUCAGCACAAGGCUGCCUGCAGUGGAGAGACAUGCUGGUGGUGUCUGAGUAUUUUUCCCAAGACUCCCGUAUGAUAGCAGCGCUAAAAGAAGCGGGCAUUCCAGUGCGGAUAAUAGAGAAUGAUGAUGACAUCGAGGAUCUGGCCAUGGCCAGAAGUGACGUGGUGUGGGCGAUGAGUGGAGAUCGAGCUCGUGGUUUGGAGAAAAAAGUCGUCGUCGUUGUGCAGCUCGAUCCUAAGUAUGGCCGACUACACUACAUGUCCCGGUGUACAUCACAGCUUGUGAUUGUCUCCGAUGACUUACAAAGUUGGAGAGAAAAAGAAAUUUCUGAGGUUUUGGCCUGUCUUCACGCUGCAAAGUUGGGCACUUAGUGGGGUUAGCAGUCCCUGCAAGGCCUUAGCGAGUUGUGCACACGGCACGCAGAAAGGUCUUGUAGUUUCGAGAUAUAGCGCGUAUUUCUAUUUUCUCGCUAGGCCGACCUACAUAGUAGGGCUGUAGCCAAUGGCAAUGCUUGAACACAGUAGGCUCCCUUUUUACCUGUACAUUGUAAACAAUGGCCAUGUGGUCGGAGGAGAGCUGUGUUCUCAUGAUUUCUCUUAUGAGAGAAUUAUCCGUGUCUGUUUGACACUGCACUCCCCGAUUGCAUGAACAGAUAUCAGGCCAAGAAUAUCUUAAAGGAAAUCACUCGUGCUAUGGGCAAUGACAUAACAGGUAACAAUUUAAAAGUGGAAGAUGACAUUCGCAAAAAGCGUCUACACUCUCGUGAAUCUUCCGAAGAUAUUUCUUUUAAAAGACGCCCCUAAGCGACUCCUUCUCGUUACCCGCUCCCUCAGCCACAUCUUUUUUUUCUUUCUUCUUCUCUCUCUCCUCUACAUUAUGCAAUAUCAUUAUCGAAGCCGCAGUUGCUUCCAAAAGUAUCUCGUCGAUGCCGUCUGCCAUAUUGUUGACUACCCAUAAUGCGCUGUGCGGAUGACGUCAGCUCGCAAGAUACUUGCAAGGCCUAGCUACGUGAGAAUAGGACGAUGGUGCUAAGCUGCCUUGUAUGCAAGUUUUUUUGUACAAGAACAUUGCAGAUUGAGAAUAGGCCUUAACAUUGAAUGACAGCUAAAAUGUCAGCACGAGAACGGGAAAGCACUCCUGUGGACAUCGAGGCGUCCAUGAUCACCAUGCAUGUCAUUAUGGAAACUCGACAACAAGCUGGUGAUUGAAUGCUGUCACUGAAAGACCGCGUACUGUUUCCCUUUUAAAUCUCUUCAGUUAUAAUACCAAAUGAAAUGGAAAAUCACAUGUACCUGUGUUUAAUAGAAGAAUAGAUUGGCUAAUUGUCGGUCAUCUACCCAACUGAUACGAGUGAAAAGAUUAAUAUUUUAGAAAUAAUCUCAAGCGUCUUGCGAAGAAAAUUUAUUAAAAUUAAAACGCAAGCUCUUUAGAGAAUGCUGUUACUGAUAAAAUAAGUAAUUAAAAUUGCAUUGUGUUGUAAUAGAGUAUUACAGAAUUUUUCACAGUCAUUAAAUUUC